AUGCCACAAAAUGAAUAUAUUGAGUUACACCGUAAGCUCUAUGGAUAUCGUUUGGAUUACCAUGAGAAAAAGAGAAAGAAGGAAGGUCGAGAGGCUCUUGACCGUUCAAAGAAGGCAAAAAAGAUGAUUGGUCUGAAAGCUAAGCUCUGCCAUAAACAGCGCCAUGCUGAGAAAAUACAAAUGAAAAAGACUCUUAAGAUGCAUGAAAAGAGAGACACCAAACAGAAGAAUGAUGAAAAGACUCCACAGGGAGCAGUACCUGCAUAUCUUCUGGACCGAGAGGGACAGUCUCGAGCUAAAGUACUUUGCAAUAUGAUUAAACAGAAACGAAAAGAGAAAGCGGGAAAAUGGGAGGUCCCUCUGCCUAAACUUCGUGCCCAGGGAGAAACAGAAGUAUUACAAGUUAUUCGAACAGAAAAGAGAAAGAAGAAAGCCUGGAAGAGGAUGGUUACUAAAGUCUGCUUUGUUGGAGAUGGCUUUACUCGAAAACCACCUAAAUAUGAAACAUUCAUUAGGCCAAUGGAAAAUAUGCCCAGGUUACCAAUAAUCCUGAAAAUGAUGGAUGCAUAA